AUUUUUUUAGUAUAUUUAAUAAUUUUUUUUAUACCUAAUAAAAAGAUUAGAUCAAGCUAGUCUAACCAUUUUAUGAGCCUUGAUAAGAAAGUGGUAUUAAAUGCUUCAUAUUUGGUAAAAACAAAAUGGAAUAAAUGGCAUGAAGGCGAAAUAUGUGCUAAGCGACCUAUAGAAGAUGCUCAAAAUAUAAAUGUUAAGGAAUACUUUGUCCAUUAUAAAGGAUUGAAUCGAAGGUAUGAUGAAUGGAUCACCUUAGACAAAAUUGAUUUUAAUUCAUAUAAAGAUCCAUACGAAGAUCCAGAAGUUAUUUUGCUGAAAGCUGAAUUGGAUAUUCUUGAAAAAUCUGCUGAAACUAACAAAAAUAUUUUAACUCGUAAUCGUAUGAAAAAAAGAAUGUCCCAUAAAAUUGCUAGAGGAGAAAUGGUUCUAAAUGAUUUGAGAAAAAAGGCUAGAAGUGAUACUAUUAGUGCCACCUUGGAAAAAGAAUUUAAAGAGUUUACCAAAGUUAAAUUUAUAACAUCAGUACAAUUGGGGAAAUACAUCAUGGACACUUGGUAUUUUUCUCCUUAUCCAAAUGCUUAUGGUAAAAGCUCAAAUUUAUUCGUAUGUCACAUUUGCUUAAAAUACUUUAAAUCAAAAUCCACACUUUACAAACAUAUAAUGGAUUGCAAUAAUAUAACCCCACCUGGUUGUCAGAUUUAUAAACAUAAUAAUUUAGCUUUAUUUGAAGUUGACGGAGAAAAAUACAAGUUAUAUUCUCAGUGUCUCUGUCUAUUGGGCAAAUUAUUCAUAGAUCAAAAAACAGUGUACUAUGAUGUGGAUUCCUUUCUUUUUUAUCUUUUAUUUGAAAUUGAUCAUAACAAUGAAAAAUACCAAUUAGUUGGUUAUUUUUCAAAGGAGAAAGAAUCAGAAGAUAACAAUAACAUUGCGUGUAUAGUAGUGUUUCCUCCAUUCCAAAAGAAAGGAUAUGGCAAAUUCCUUAUACAAAUAAGUUACGAAUUAUCUAAGCGCGAACACAUCAUCGGACAACCAGAAAAACCAUUAUCCUAUCUAGGUCAAAAAUCAUAUCAAUGUUUUUGGAGGUGGAAAAUUUUGCAAAUAUUGGAUAGAUAUAUCCACGAAAAUAAGAAUAACAACGGAGAGAGCGAGUGCUUAAUUAAUGUGAACGAUAUCAGUUUGGAAACUAGUAUCAACAGGGAGGACAUUUUAAGCACUUUGGAUAAACUGAAUUUGUUAAACUAUUGGCUAAAUGAUUCCCACACUGUGUGUAUUCCCGCAAAUCAAAUAAGAGUAAUUAUGAACGAUUCAAAUUUAUGCAAAAAACCACACAUACCAAUAUAUCCCGACUGUUUUAUAUCUACAAUUUAAAGAACUAAUCCCUUAGGGAUUUUAUAUUUUAAUUCCAUAUUGUUAUAACAUUUGUGGUCGACUAAUAACUAUAUAACUCCAAGAUGGCUGUUUAUC